UUGUCGUAAACCAAAGCAACGUUGUUCCACCACCCACAGAAAAUUCCAGCGACAGAAGAGCCUUGAAAGCUUCAUCAGACAAAAAAUUCCAGCCAAAACCCAAGAACUUUCAAUUGCUGGCUUCUUCUUGAAAUUCCCCUCCAUUAUCUAUCCAAAUCCAAUCGUAGGUCCAUCUCUAAUUAAACCUUCACUGUCACUCCCUUAAUCAAGAAUGGCCAGCUCUCAUCAAUCUCAAAAUCUUGAUCUUAUUUUUAUAUGCAAGGAGACAACUCCCUUGGUUGCCUUUCUUGAACGUGUCCAAGAAACUGCACUAUCCACCUUUGUGGACAGACACUUUGAUCCAAAGUUUUACGUUGAUUUGUCCUUAAAAUACAGUCUCUCAACCACUGAGAAGGCCUUUGAUGGGCUUCCAAGGACUGAAAAUGGGGCUGUUUCGGUUAAGGACUUGGAGGAGUUUUUAACAACGUACUUUCAGGAUGCAGGGAAGGAUGCGGUGCACUAUGAUCCACCUGAUUUUCUGCCAGAGCCUGUUGGGUUCUUGCCUAAAGUGGAGAAUCCAGAGGUGAGAGCAUGGGCGCUGGAUGUUCAUUCUUUAUGGAAGAAUUUAAGUAGAAAAGUCUCGGAUGAGGUUCGGAAGCAACCUGAAUUGCAUACUUUCCUUCCCUUGCCAGCGCCGAUGAUCGUGCCGGGAUCACGUUUUCGAGAGGUUUAUUAUUGGGAUUCCUAUUGGGUGAUCAGGGGCUUGCUUGCAAGUAAAAUGUAUGAGACUGCAAAAUCAAUUGUGACUAAUCUCAUUUCCCUUGUAAAUGUAUAUGGCUAUGCCCUUAAUGGAGCAAGGGCGUAUUACACCAAUAGGAGCCAGCCUCCACUUCUAAGUGCAAUGGUCUAUGAGAUAUAUAAUAGGACUGGUGAUAUGGAAUUGGCUAAAAAGGCACUGCCUGUAUUGCUCAAGGAACAUCAAUUUUGGAAUUCUGAAAUACAUAAAAUCACCAUCCAGGAUGCUCAAGGUAGAAACCACACAUUAAGUCGGUACUAUGCAAUGUGGAAUAAGCCCAGGCCUGAGUCUUCAGUCUUAGACAAGAAAUAUGCUUCCAAGUUACUGAAGGUCUCUGAGAAACAGCAAUUUUACCGAGAACUGGCUUCAGCUGCUGAAUCUGGAUGGGAUUUCAGUACAAGAUGGAUGAGGAAUUCUUCAGAGUUUACGACGUUGGCUACAACAUCAGUCUUACCUGUUGAUUUAAAUGUAUUUAUACUCAAGAUGGAACUAGACAUUGCCUUCUUGGCAAAUAAAACUGGAGAGGAAAGCAUAGCAGCGAGUUUCUUGGAAGCUUCUCAAGCAAGAAAGAGGGCAAUCAACUCUGUUUUCUGGAAUGAAAAGAUGGGACAGUGGCUUGACUACUGGCUCACUACUGGCACCACAUGUCAGGAAUCUCAAACAUGGAAUGCUUGUAACCAAAAUCAGAAUGUGUUUGCUUCAAACUUCUCUCCUUUGUGGAUUGAUAUGUUCAAUUCAGAUGCAAAUUUGGUGAAGAGUAUCAUGAGAAGUCUUGAAAGUUCAGGCUUACUUUGUGCUGCUGGAAUUGCCACGUCUUUAACAAAUUCAGGAGAACAAUGGGAUUUUCCAAAUGGUUGGGCUCCAUUUCAACACAUUAUAGUUGAAGGUCUGGCAAGAUCUGGAUCACAAGAAGCGAGGUCACUGGCAGAAGACAUAGCUGUGAGAUGGAUCAGAACCAACUAUGUCACAUACAAGAAAACAGGUGCAAUGCAUGAAAAAUACAAUGUAGAGAAGUGUGGAGAAUUUGGACGUGGUGGUAAAUAUGUACCUCAGACUGGCUUUGGUUGGUCAAAUGGAGUUGCAUUGGCAUUUUUGGAGGAGUUUGGAUGGCCUCGAGAUCAUAGGAUAGAUUGCUGAUUUGGUUAUGUAUGUUGACAGAUGAAGAAAAUGUUACACUCAGAUGGAUCUGCAGACGAUUUUUCUUGUGGUUAUGAUAUUAUGAUCAUUAAUCCAAGAAAUUAGGGUAAGAUUUUAUGAAUCCUAUAAUAUGUCGACAAGCUAGUGUUGUUAAUUAGAGAAUAUUAGAUUUCCUGAUCAUGACACAAAGCUUGGAUAUGCUUCAUAAGCAGUAUUAGUAAUAAUAGCAUUGAUCGCACAAUAAUGCUUCCAAAGCUGGUGGAGCUAGUUGCUUAAUAUUUAAUAAGUAAGUUUAUGUCAA